UUUCCGUAGCCGCCACGCUGACGCACAUUUUCUACAGUUUUUGUCUAGCUUAUCUACUUUCAGGGCGUCAGACAAAAGUCUAGAAAAGGCUGCCCCAGUGAAGAUGGCGACUGUUGCAGGAAUGUGUGGCCUGUCGGAGCAGGUCACUCUCGCCGUGCUGCCUCGACUCUUCUACGAAGAACUACUGAUCGAGCUGAACAGGAGAGGGAUGAACAUGGACCGUUCCACUUUCAACAGGGGGGAGCUUCUGUCUCUGCUACAGGAUCUGAUGGUGGAAGAGUACUUCGCCCUGCAAACAUCAGUGGGUGAACCCUCCCUACAGAACAAUGGUCCAUCCUCUAGUGGGGUACAAGGGAGUGAGGAUGGCGCUGGAUAUCCUGGGACAGAGAGUGAGCCCGGAAACAUUCCCAGUGUACCUCGGAUCAAACAGGAAGUUGAAGAGCCAUUUCCUGUUUACGCUGCCUGUGUUGGGGCAGAUAGAGCAGACACGCACACUCCUGUCACAGCAACAGAAACUCAAGAACACUUUGAAGACACUACCGAGGGUCCGUUACACUUGACUGAUGAGAUAAAUGUGACAAUUGAGAAUGAGAAAGAAGAUGAUGAUGAUGAUGAUGAUGAAAUCUAUGACCACUUUGGGUGCACGGACGAAGCAUUCAAGACUCAACAUGAGAAUUGUUAUCAGGAUAUCAUUGAUGAAAAUGACACUUCUUACAGGAAAGGUGUACGACAAUGUCCACACUGUGACUACACUAGUGUUCACUCAACGACGAUGAAACGCCACAUGUUCAGGCACACUGGGGAGAAGCCGUUUGCUUGCUCCUUGUGCAACUAUACAACUUCAAGGAAAUAUUGUCUGGUCAAUCACAUGGACAUGCAGCAUGUUCGAAGCUGGCAAAAAGACUCUGCACAAAAGGGUGGUAACGCUAGUGGUGGUCUUGCGUCGUGCAAGAAGAUGUCAGGCAAGAAGAAGGCAAAACAGAAGUGUUAUUUUUGCUCAUAUACAUCAAGUACGAAGAAAUCCAUGACUAAGCACCUAGCUCAGAAGCAUGCCAGGCAGCACAGUCUACAGGAGAGAAACUAUCAACACAACGCUUCCCUCAACAACAGUGCAGCAAGCAGCAACGGCACACUUCUAGAGACUGCAGAGUCAUUUGACAAAACAUCAUGUGUAGAAUAUGGAGAAACAUCCCCUGUUGUAACUAAUGAAAUGAUUCAACCCUCAGAACUUAACAGUGACCACAACAGUGCUGCUAGUAAUAGUGGUAAUGCAAAACAAGUAAUUAUUUCCUGCCCCUUGUGUAAGUACACUUCCAAGUUGGUUAAACAGAUGGAACAGCACAUCCGCUCUCACACAGUCAAGGGACCAUUUAAGUGCCCGGAGUGUUCAUUUCUGGCCACAGAACGGUCUGAGCUGUUUCUACACAUCGAGACUCAUGAAAGAUUUUCGUGUCACGACUGCGGUUACCGCGCAGCCACCCGUGGGGGGCUGACCAGGCACAGAGCAAGGCAACACCCGGUAAAACUUUUACUAAAGGGAGAUGACUGUAGCAGUCUUGACGAAAGUAUCCAGCUAGGAGAGGCAUCAGACAAUGAAAAAGUGUCCCUGGAGUGCCGGAGGUGCUCCUACUGCACCACGGACAGGUCCCAUUUUCAGGAGCAUAUCAUCAAGGUGCACGGGAAGGCAGGCAGGUUCACCUGUGAGGUCUGUGGCUUCUGGGCAGCCAGCCAUUCUCGCUUACAGAAACACAUGAAGAAGCUCCACCUAUAUAAAGGCAGCGGUACUGCAAGGCCACAAGAGGUAGCCCUAGUAGUAGAUGGCUCACCUUUACAAGUUAGAUUAGUGAGCUGUACGUACGACCAAAGUUCUGUUGAUAAGAGAGGUAGGGACACUAACAGUAAAGAUAUGACCUUGCCAAAUGAUGAAGUAACAGCUCACAACCAAACAACAGAACACAUUGGUACAAGUGAACAGGCUGUGUCUGUAAAGACAGCGGGAGUCACAGCAGAAAAUGAAGAAGAAGUUCGGCAUAAGGCAAAGCCCUACAUGUGUGGGGAAUGUGGGUACAGAGCGGCUACGAAGCAUACGCUUAGUGCUCACAUGAGGAAACAUCUAGGUGGGAAAGUGUUUGAGUGCCAACAGUGUGGACUGCAAGCUAGUAGCCACAGUGACUUGGUUAUUCAUGUGAGAAAACACACCGGGGAAAAACCCUACAAGUGCCCACACUGUACCACCGCCUUUGCACGCAAACAGAAUCUUCGGAGACAUAUUAAGGUUCAUGAAAGGAUCCGAAAGAGUCUGAAAACCUAACGAAAGCUACAUUUUCAUUAAAAAAUGUUUUUA